CAACUCUCCUUCACUAUACACACAACAACACAACACACAGUUCAAACAACACUCACACACAAUAUACCCUUUUAUCCCCUCUCUUACCUUCUCCUUACCUUCUUCUUUCAACCCAACCCAUUCAUGGCUUCCUCACCCACAUUAUUCACUUCUAUUCUCAUUCUCACUCUUUUCUUCCUUCAAAUUCAUGCAAGAGAAAGCAAGUACUUCUUCAGCAAAAUACCCAACAACAAUGUUGACAACAACUUUGAUGCCAAAGAAACCCAAAUCACCAACGAUGAGAAAGUUGAUCCUUUAACAAAUCCAGAAAAAACCACCACUUCCUCACAAAAUAAUCAACAGCCAAACUUCAUCCCUCAAACCCAAGACAACGGCUAUGGUCUAUACGGUCACGAAUCCGGUCAGCUCCCCCCUAAUUCCAACAGCAAAUUCUUCUCUCAAAACGGCCGCGAAAAUGGCCGCUCUUUUACCACUACCACCACCUACAACGACGACGACGACAACAACAAAUUCAAAAAUGACGUUGUUUCUAAUUACAAAUCUGAGUCAGAAGAGUACUACAACUACGACGAGGACAACAACAACAACAAUUUCCAAACUUUUGAAAAUAGCGGCUCGAAGCCAUACAAGAACUCGUUUUACUACAACAAGGAUCUUUACGACAACGGACGACAAAGCUUCCCAAAUGCCCGCCUUUCCCGAGACGAUUACACUACAACUCCUCUGUACGACCAGGGAAAAUACGAUAACUUCUACAGCAACAACGGAGACCGCAACGAUAACAACAACAAUGACAAUGGGAAUAAUGUGGUACGACAAGGAAUGAGCGACACGAGAUUCAUGGAGAAUGGAAAGUAUUAUUAUGACCUCAACAGGGAGCCACACCAUUACAGCAGAUCAUCCAGGGGCUAUUUUGGAAACAACAACAACAACAACGGGAACUCAUACCAGUACGGUAAUUCCAUGGGAAGGUAUCAGAAUCAAAAUGAUGAAGCAGAAUUUCAGGAGGAACCCGAUGAGUUCGUGCCAUAAAUGUUCGUUAUUCCACUUCUAGAUUAAGAAAGAAAAAAAACGAUAUAUUUAAUUUAGUUGUGCAUGCGAACUAUAUAUCUCCUUCUCUCCUAGUUUUACGUUUGCUUAAUUCACCUCAUAUUUAAUUCUGCUUUUUCUUCACAAAACCAAAAUCCGCAGUCCACCAAAGAUUAAAUUAUAUAUUUUUAGUGUCUGCUUUUUACUUUUAUAUAUAUAUUCGUGUGGGUUAAGUGGUAACUUGUUUAUCUUUUAUGUUUUUGGGGUCUGGAACAAUAUGAUAUAUAAAAUGAUAUACAAAUGUUUUUGUUUUCCAUUAUA